UCUCCCCCCUCCCCCCCAACAAUGUACCCAUGCAUCACCCGGCUGCAGACCAUCCUCGCCCUGCUGUACUCCACCAUGCUGUCCCGGGGCCACACGUGCCCCUCUAGGUGCCUCUGCCCGGACCACCACACCGUGGACUGCUCCGGCCGCGCGCUCACCCACCUCCCGGGCCCCUUCCCCCUCAACGUGCGCCGCCUGCUGCUGGCCAACAACUGGAUCUCCUGGAUCCCGUCGGACUUCCUGCUGCUCUACAGCGACCUGGUGUACCUGGACCUGAGGAACAACUCGCUGUCCCAGCUGGAGCCCGGCACGCUCAGCACCCCCUUCUCCAGGCUGGUCUUCCUGGACCUGGGCAGCAACAACCUGACGGAGAUCCCCUCGGGGUCGUUCGGGGAGUCCCGGAGCCUGAUCAAGCUGCGCCUGGGGGACAACCCCUACCUGAGCGCGGUGGGGCCGCACGCCUUCCAGGGCCUCAGCUCCCUGCGGGAGCUGGGCCUGGAGCGGAACGGGCUGUCGGACCUGGACGUGAGCGCCCUGGAGCCCCUGGCCUCCCUGCGGACGCUGCGGCUGGAGGGGAACCCCUGGGAGUGCAGCUGCCGCUUCGCCAAGCUGUUUGCGUGGCUCACGGAGCACCGCGACAAGCUGCCCACGGGUAUGGAGGGUCUGGAGUGUACCCUCCCGCUGGACGGAGGGCGCGUGCCGCUCAGCGUGCUGUCCGAGGAGAGCUUCCGGGAGUGUCGUGGCACCUUGAGCCUCGCCGACUACCUCAUCGUCAUCUUCUCCGGCAUCUCCGUCUCGGUGGCCGCCAUCUUGGCCAGCUUCUUCCUGGCGUCCACCGUCCACUGCUUCCAGCGCAUCAGCAAAGGCGGGAAGAGCGACGAGGAGGAAGGAAACGACUGACGACGUGCAACGAGGAGGUAGAAGAAGAACAAAGAAAGAAUUGAGGUCUGGACGGUAUGUUUACACAGCGGUGUUUCUGAGUGGGCAUCGGACGCCGUGACAUCACUUCCUCCCUGGGAGAGAGGACGUGAGAGGGUUAUGUAGGUCGUGGUUUGACAGUUGGUGCCCCAGGAGCCAAGACGGAGGAGGUAAACGUUGGAACUACAUCGAGUCUUUCCCAGCCUCAUGAAAACCAACGGCGUUGGAAGCCAAUCGCUCGCUUCUGGACUUUAUUUUCAGUGGGGGAUUAAGAGAGCCUCAUGUUGUACGUUUAACAUCGGAUCGGAGGCAAACUUAAAGAUGCUCUUCCAGUAAUGACGAGGAGAACCAUCGAAUGAUGUUCCUCGAUGUCGGUUGGCUGCUCAGCCCACUGGGCGCUGGGCCAAGCUGGUUAAGCUGGUUGGAAUGGUGGUGAUGGUUAAGAUGGUUAAGCCAAAUGAGCGGUUAUUCUCAUGUAGCAUUCAGAGGAACUAUAGCAAGCAGAAUGAAAGGACGGAGGUUGUGUUGUUAUGUAUUUCAUAUUCUUCUGCCAAGUAUACUUGGCAGGAGGGGUGGCAAGUGUACAAAAAUAAAUAUAUUUUGGAAGAAAAAAAUAAAACCACACCAAAGGUUGUAACAAGGGGAUUCAUAAGUUAUUAUCUUUUAAAUUAUUAUUAUAUAAACAUCCAACACAGGAAUUUGGAAAAAACAUUGUUUACUAGUGAAUAUGUUAAGAUAUACAUGAAGAAUAUACAUAUUAAUUAUAAUACUUACAUUAUGAGUACCAAAAACUGAGUAAGUGCCUUAUUUAAGAUUUGUUUUGGUAAUAGCUGCUGGUACAGUAAGAUUAUAGCAAUCCUUCAUUUUGGAAUAUCAAUACGUGUAUUAAAAAAUACAAGUAUAUAUAUAUAUAU